AUGAGGUUCACUAAGGUUAUUGGCGGUAUUACCGCCGCCUUGCUCGUGAGCGGCGUAUCGAGUGCUAGGCUGCCCAAGAGACAAAAUGCUCCUCCUGCUAGCACGGAUACGCCGGUUCCACCACCGCCUGCUUCUACGGAGGCCCCUACUCCUCCAGAGACCUUAACGCCGGUCCCUGAGCCGACUUCUUCCGAAGCUCCUGCGCCACCUCUCUCGAGCUCGUCCGAAGUUCCGGCCCCACCGCCUCCAACUUCUUCGGCACCUCCGGCCCCGGUCGAGACAUGUACGGCGCAUUUGUUGGUAGACGAUUUCUCUCAAUGGGAGACCGGCGAGAACUCCUUGCAGGGAGCUACGAGCGAUGACCAGACCAUGAACACCACCAGCACUGAUGGCGGCAUCCUGACGUUCACACCCAACAACAUUGAUGUAUCAUAUAUCUACGAGCAGUUUGACUGUCUAGACACCGUGGCGCUCGGAUAUGACUCCGUAUCAUUCAACAUCAAGGGUCCCGAGGCGGCCUCCGUCUCAAUUGAGCUCCAAACCGUCGCCGAAUGCUCAUCCACCGAGUAUCAGAGCUUCUACUACACCCUCGACGGACUUAGCGGUUCCCUACAGACAAUUAACAUUCCGCUAAACAGCUGGGAGGGAGCUGGCCUGGAAGGAGUUGUUGGCGUCCUAUGGUACGGCUUCUCGGCUGGUUUAACCGGCACCGACAACGAGUGGCAGCUGGACAACGUACAGUUCCUGUGCGCCGACGUUCCGCCGCCCGAGGAUCCCGAACCACCCGUAGUCACACCGGUGCCUACUACCGACCCUACUGAGCCUGAGCCGCCAGUCACAGUCACAGUCACGACUACUAUCUUCUUGCCUCUACCCGGCGGUGACGUUACUACGACGACAGAGACCAGUACGGGAAGCUGGAGCACGCCCGGCAAGCCAACGACUACGAAAGGAAAAGUUACUACUACCCGCUCUAUCUCGCCGACCGAGCCUCCGUGGUGGGACGACGACCCAUGGGAAGGCUGGUCCGACAGCCAAACCGCGCCACAGCGAGUCACCGCCACUGCUACCGCUGUUGCUACGCCGGUAGGUUCGGCAGCGGCGAAGGUCCAGCCGAUCAUAGCUCGCGAAGAAGCUGCUCAGUGCGACCAUCUUCUCGUUGACGACUUCAUAUCCCAGUCUCGCCUGACAUUUCUCUACUACAAUGCCCUGCUGAAGUCGAGCAGCGACGACGGUACCAUGAAGUCCGUUGUGGUCAAGAAUAAUAGGGUGACUUUCACACCUGUGGAUACUGACUCUUACUGGUACACUCAACUCGGCUGCAUCAAUGCGGAGCAAUACGGGGGAAUCUCGCUUCGCAUCUCAGCUGCUGCUGGUACAACAUUCGACGUCCAGCUUUCUUCGACUAAGGGCGAGUGCGGUACCGAGGACGCCAACGAUUUCUCUGUGACGUCAAAACAACUCGGCUGGACUUUCAACGGAAAGGAGCAGUUAUACUCCAUCCCCUUCUCCAAGUUCAAGGGACUUGAUCUGACCAAGUUUGAAACAAUCUUCAUUUCCAACUUGAAGAAACCUGUUACUUUUGGGCCCUUAGCCUUGUAUUGUGGAAACGAGAUUGUCGAAUAUGUCCCCCCUGCGGUUAUCGAACCAUCCGGUCCUACCGAAACGGUGCCAGCACCCCCGAGCAAAGCUACUAACCUUGUGAUAGACAAGUUUGCCAACUCGGAAACAAACGCUUUGGAACAAUGGCACGGGGCGGACGAGGGGAUGACUGUAACUUUCAAGAGAAACACCAUGACGCUGCAGACCAACGACUCGGAUCUGAUGUGGGUUACGCAAGUCGCCGAGACCUGCAAGGACUUGACCGAGUUCGACGGAUCUUACCUCCACGUCGCUUACACCGGAAGCAACCUAUUUACCAUUUCCCUCCAGCAGCACAACGAGGAGUGCAACAAUGAUAUAUACCCCUACCCCGAGACCUGGGACUCCCUCGAAGCUUCGCGGUACAGUACCGAGACGGACAUUUGGAUCCCUCUAAACCACUUCAACGUCGACCGCAAGCGGGCCAUCGGCUUCGCAUUCAAGGGCUUCUACAGCACCGCCGCAACCGUCUUCUCCAAGAUCGAGAUCGUCAACGAGGUUCCCGAGGGCUUCCAAGUCCCAGAGAAACUACCCUCCGGCCAGUUUAUCUUCGCCUGCAAGCGACCAAACUCCUUCGCCUUCGCCAUCGACGACGGCGACCCGGUAUUCGCGCAGCAAGUCAUGAAGACGAUCGACGAUGAGGGCAUCACCGUGACGUUCUUCACCGUGGGGGCGCCCCUUCGAGAUCCGACCACGAACCUUAGCGCUAUCUACAACGAGAUGGCCUCCAAGGGACACCAGAUCGCGCUGCACAGCUACACGCACCCUCCUCUAGAAGGCCUAGCAGACGACGCGUCGAUCGACUGGGAAUACACAAACGACAUCGAAGCCGUGAAAGAAACCUUCAACGGGCUGACGCCCAAGUACUUCCGUCCCCCAUUCGGUACCGAAGGCGCGCGUAUGCGACAGCGUCUCGCAGCUUUGAUCGAAGAUCCGUAUAUCGUGCAAUGGAGCGUCGACGUCGAGGACUGGCUGUGGGCCGAAUCCGACACGCCCGAGAAACAGCUCGAGGCAUUCAAGCGAGACGUCGCGGCGGGUGGCAACAUCGUCGUGAUGCACUACUUGUACAACAGCACCGUCAGCUACCUCAAGGAGUUCAUCCAGAUCGCUAAGGCGACUGGCAAGCAGCUGAUGCGCGUGGACCAAUGCAUGAUGGACCCGAAUGCGCCGCCGCUACCGGGUGAGGAAGAAUAG